AUGGGCAACUACCUUCAAAAGCGAGACCGCACCAACACGGGCUACAACUUCGUUGGUCUGGCGUACAGAAUGGCACUGGGACUGGGCUUGCAUCGUGAACCGCCUGGGCCCGAAGAUACCCUCGGCCAUGAGCGCCGUCGGCAAUUGUUCUGGACCAUAUACUGCUUUGAGAGUGGAUUCAACAUCACUACCGGACGACCGCCCACAAUGUCCGACGAAUUCAUCGAUACGAGGAUACCGCGCAACAUCGAUGAUAAGGAACUCUCCUUCAAAGCGCCCGUUCCUCUGGCAGUCAAUUAUCCGACUACAUAUUCCGCGAUAAUCUGUCAAGCACAACUCGCGAAAACAGCCGAUGCGGUCUACCACGAAUUCCUUCUUGCAAAGACCGCAGGAACCAAGGUAGAAUACCGAGUGGCCGAGGCCAUGGAGCGAGAUCUAAACCGUUGGCGACAAAACUUACCCGGAUACUUCCUGGCUAUGGAUUGUCCAAUGUGGUUUAGAGCACCAAGAGCCGUCGUAUUGUGGAAAGAACAAAACCUUCGGAUCCUCUUGUGGCGUGGAAGCCAGAAACACCACAGCUACCUCCCGACAAAAGUCAGUGCUGAGGAGAAAUGUCUCCAAGUUGCCAUGCAAAGCAUACACGACAUUGCAACAUUCUGCAUGGCUAAUGAAGCCUCCCUGCAUCACGGCCUCAUAUGGUACGCCACGUACUUCUUGUUUCAGGCUACACUGGUCCUUGAAGCCAACUACCUCACCGAGAGCAGCCGAUCAGAGGAGGACAGGGUAGCUUGGCAGCAUUCCGUCUCGAAAUCUCGCGUCUGCUUAAAGACUCUGGAAAUGAAGAGCCGCUCAGCCAAGCGAUGCUUGGAGAUGCUGGAUCGCAUUCACAGUCAGUUCCAGUUUCUCCCACCGCUGGAUCUCGAGCUAGAUUCGAGCGGCUUUGGAGCUAUGCACGUCGGCCAGGAAGCUGUAACGGUAUAUCCCGAUACCACCAUGAUGACUUCUACCCAGGAGUUCAUGGAACUGCCCAGCGAGAACGAUUUUGCUUUCUAUGGGGAGUGUCAACCAGUCUUUGGGGAUGACACGGCGGAUCCUAGUCUUCGCAUGCUACUGAACGAGGCAUCUUUAGACUUCAUGGACAACAUGCCUUUGGAUCUGUUGCUUGGGGACUGGACCACGUAA